AUGAUAAAUAUGGAUUCAGUGAAGAUAAUUUUCUUGGCUAUCAUGGUUAUUGCAUACCUGGAAAUUCCGACAGUGUUGGCCACAGGGAGUGAGGAUUUGGUGGCUGAAUUUUCAAGCAGAGAAGAUGUGGUUCGUUGGGGUGGUUACGGGGAAGAUAGUCUGUCCACGGUAGUAAUUGGUGGCAAACUUCUUUGCCAUGAUCGUGAAGUUCGCUCCAAACAAACUCCAGUCUCGGGCGCAUCAGUAGCUGUUUUCUGUGGCAGCAGCGGUAAUCGAAAGAAAUCAUGGGCAAGAGGCAGCACCAAUAGUUAUGGAGAAUUCCUAAUUGAUCUUCCCUCAUAUCUCCAUGCUAUUCCUAACUUGGAAAAGGUGUGCCUUGUCAAAGUUCUUUCUCUUCCAAAGAGUAGUCUUUGUCGCCAUUCUUUCACCGGAAAGCAUAAAGCCAUAAAGCUGUCGUUCCUAGGCGAAGGCGUUCGCACUUACACAACAGAUAACAUAUAUUUGGCGACAAAUCCUAAACCCAUCAGUGAGACACAAAGAGAGAAUCACAUGUGA